GCUAGAAAAAUUGUACUGUUCCUACGCGAACAAAGUAUUAUUGUAUGAUCAUUGAUGAACGUGAUUUUUAUCUAUUUCCUGCGAAUUUUCCGUUUUCCUGUUUAUAAACAGUUGAUGAGCUUUGCCGUUCGCAGUCGAUCACAACUAUCGCGACCGGUAAGUGUUUACACAUUCACCAUAUUGCUGCCGCCUGGAUUGAGAGUUAAAGUAAAAUAAAAUUACCACCUGGGGUUUAGGCGAAAUCGCGAUAGGCUCGAUUAAAAAUCUGUUCGUCCGCAGACCGACAUCAUAAUAAUAUUAUGCCCAUGGAAGUUUGAUUGCAUACACGGCAAGUAUGUGCUUCAUAAGUAUAUCAUUGUGUUGCUUAGUUUGCUCACUCGUGGUCGUCGCUCGACCUCAGGAUCCGUCCACUACGAGUCCAAUACGGCACGAAGUUCGUUUCACCAAGUUUGAAGUAUUCGUAAACCAAUCGUUUGGAGAAGUAAUCGAAGCCGCGUACAAACAGUAUUAUGAAAAACAGGUGUUGGACGUUCACAUGAAAUUCCACACAAAAGUAGUCUUGGCUCGGAUUAACUACGAGUUGGUUAAAUGUAGAGAGCACUACAUCGAUUGCGUUAACGUUAGAACGUUCGACGUUGUGAAUAUAUGCGACAAUUACAAGGCGUUUACUUUUUUUUACAAAGGGCCAGAUGUAAAUCCCAAGGUGUCCUGUGAGCUAAACGGCGAUUACAUUUCAAAGAACUUCACAUACAACAUGAAUCACUUGGUGCCGUUAAUUGCAGCGCCGUCCGAAAAGUGGUGGGAACAAUCGUUUAAGUGUCAAUCGUCGUAUUACGAUGGAAAUAACAAUUUGAUAAUAAAGAUUAUCAGUGAAAACGAAUUCAUCACUUUUAGAAUGCGCAAUCCCUAGCCAAACAGCAACUAAUGGACGGAUGUAAUAUGCGGCUUAGUUUUUAAUUAAUCAUAAAAUUUGCGGAAUAAUAAUUUUUCGAUAAUGUAAGAGAGUAUUUAUAUUUUUUAUUUGAUUUUAAGUGAUGAGAAAAAAUUCAGAUUUUGUCUGUAAUAGUUAAGAAAAAAUAUAAAUGUUUAUAUUGAUGAAACAUUAGACGCCGCCUUCACUAUUAUUUAUACCACUAUAAUGUUGAGCAAAUGUAAUACAACACUCUACUUGGUAAUAUGCUUCAGAAUAAAGUAAAUUGUUCAUAUUGUUCAUAUGUUAUAUUCAUAACGAAAAAUCACUAACGUUGCUUAUGUUAACAAAUUCGCAUAGACAUUUCUGCAAAAUAUAUCUAGAUUCGGUCGGCAAAAUAUAAGCCUUUCGAUCAGUCGUAAAAAAAACCAUUGAAGCAGU